AUGUUCCUAAUGAGACGACAGAUGAUGUCCUGGGGGAUCUUCUUCCAGAUUGACCAAGGCGUCACUGAGCUCCUGGACAGGUCUCCAGAGGAAAAAUCCAAACUCAUGUUUUCUAUGAACGACAUUGGCGAAACUGGUUUCUUAUCAAAAGAAGAAUUUGCCAGGAUGCUCAGGUCUUUCAUAGAAAUCUCCAACGGUGCUCUUUCAAAGAGUCAGGCAGAGGACGGCAUCAAGGCCAUGAUGCAGGCCGCGGGCUUUGAUGACAAGGAGAAAAUCUCGUGGGAGGACUUUCAUUUUCUGCUGCGGGAUCACGAGAAGGAGCUGCAGUUUGCUCAGCUCAAUGUCAAAGGGAUGGAGAAACAGGGGAAGAAGAAGCUGAGUCGAGACCAGAGAGUGUCCUUCAUUUGUCCGGCAAACAGCAGUCACAAGACAGACGGACCAGAGAUACGCAAACGGAAAAGGUUAAACGUCCAUACUCCAAAUGUCUAUGUGAAGCCAAAGCGCCAGAAGUACAUAAAGAACACGGUCCAGCAGAAAAUCCAGCAGUUCAAACGUUUCGUUGAGAAUUAUCGGCGUCACAUUGUGUGCUUCAUCAUCGUGUACGGCAUCACAGCUGGUGUUGCACUUGAAAGAUGUUAUUACUAUGGCUUGCAGGCUGUAUCUACAGGUGUCCCCGAGACAUCCAUGGUGGGUAUCCUCGUGUCCCGUGGUUCAGCCGCUGCCAUCUCCUUUCUGUUUCCUUACAUGCUUCUCACCGUGUGUCGCAACCUCAUCACGCUCUGCCGAGAGACCUUCCUGAAUCGAUACAUCCCCUUUGACGCUGCCAUUGACUUUCAUCGCUUUAUGGCCAUGAGUGCCAUCAUCCUCUCAAUUGUUCACAGUUUGGGCCACGUGGUCAACAUCUACGUCUUCUCCGUCAGCGACCUUAACAUCCUAUCUUGUCUCUUCCCAAAAGUCGUAGUAAACAACGGGUCUGAACUUCCUCCCAAGUGGUACUGGUGGUUCUUUCAAACUGUUCCAGGAAUGACUGGGGUCUUGCUUCUCUUUGCGUUCGCAUUCAUGUACGUUUUUGCCUCACACUAUUUCCGUCGCAUCAGUUUUCGUGCAUUUUGGAUCACCCAUUACCUCUAUGUUGCCGUGUACAUUCUUACAGUUAUUCAUGGCAGUUUCGCUCUGCUUCAAGAGCCUAGUUUCCACAUCUACCUCAUCCCACCUGGCCUGCUCUUCCUUCUGGACAAACUAAUCAGCCUGAGUAGGAAGAAGGUGGAGAUCCCGGUUAUCAGAGCUGAGCUGCUGCCAUCAGGUGUGACACAUCUGGAAUUCAAGCGGCCACAGGGCUUUGUUUACCGUUCGGGCCAGUGGGUUCGCAUAGCAUGUCUGAUGUUGGGCACGGAUGAGUACCACCCAUUCACUCUCACAUCAGCUCCUCAUGAAGAGACGUUGAGCCUGCACAUCCGAGCUGUGGGGCCGUGGACCAGCCAGCUCAGAGAGCUCUACACCGAGGAAAACCUGCUGGAGCUUGGAGCUUUUCCAAAGCUGUACUUGGAUGGACCUUUUGGCGAGGGCCAUCAGGAGUGGAUUGACUUUGAGGUGUCUGUUCUGGUGGGAGGAGGAAUUGGAGUCACCCCGUUCACUUCAAUUCUCAAAGACCUGGUGUUCAAGUCCUCUGUCAAGUCCAAGGUUUUGUGCAAAAAAGUUUACUUCAUCUGGGUGACACGGACACAGCGUCAGUUUGAGUGGGUGUCAGACAUCAUCAGGGAGGUGGAAGAAAUGGACACUCACGAUCUGGUGUCGGUCCACACUUAUAUCACUCAGGUGGCCGAAAAGUUCGACCUGCGCACGACCAUGCUGUAUGUGUGUGAGCGCCAUUUUCAAAAAGUGUGGAACCGCAGCCUCUUCACCGGCCUCAGGUCCGUCACCCACUUUGGCCGCCCGCCCUUCGUCUCCUUUUUUAGCUCCCUGCAGGAGGUUCAUCCAGAGGUGGGUAAAAUUGGUGUGUUCAGCUGUGGUCCUCCAGGACUGACCAAAAAUGUGGAGAAAGCUUGCCAGCAGAUGAACAAGAGGGAUCAGGCCCAUUUCAUACAUCACUAUGAAAACUUCUAA